AUGAUAUAUGAAUGCUCAUCUAACCUUAUACCUAUGUGGAUUAUUUACAUAUGUAUACGGUUAUAUGUGUAUUCAUAUAUUAUGACCCAAGCAUACAAUGGUCAUUGGAGUGUCCCAAGUGGUAUGGUGAAGAUAGGAACGUUUUUUAAUCCUGUCGUUUGGAAGACAUGGAGCAAACAGCAGGCUUGGAGACAGGCCAGGUCCUCAAUGACAUGGUGCAUCAUCAACUUCUGUUUGGCUGUUCUGAUGUAUCUGGAGCUGACAAUAUUUGGCCUUCGAUCUUAUUUGGACUUGAAAACACCCAUGUUUUGGUAUAUAGAAUGCGUCAUUGCUACGUUGCUGUUGUUGAACACAGUGUUCCACUUUGGUCUCUAUCUACGACCUUAUGUGACCUCUUCUUCAGUGGAGAUGACUCCAGGACAGAAAACGUUACUCGCUAUUCGAGACACAGAUCUAGGAUUUAAAGUGUCCCCUCAGAAAUCAUCAGGGUCUCCGUCCAGUGAGGGAAGCCUUGUGUUCUCGGUGUCCACACCCACAGCUCAAUCUAGUCCCUCCAGUGGGAGGCUGACCCCCACAAACCUGGGGUCAGGGACGAUCAACUACAGCAAUCAAUCCGUGAACUUUUCUCCUUACUCCCCCGCGAGCAGUUAUGACAGGGGAUCCCUUAGCGGAAAUGUUGGGACACCUUUCUCUCAAUUCACUGCGAGUCCAAACAUAUCUGGAUAUGCUCCAAACCUGUCCGGAUACAGUCCAAAUGUCUCCGGUUACAGCUCACAAGGAAUAGGAUAUGGUCCAAAUCUGUCUGGAUAUAGUCCAAAUCUAUCUGGAUAUAGUCCAAAUCUAUCUGGUUAUAGUACAAAUUUAUCCGGGUAUAAUCCUAACUUAUCCGGGUACAAUCCUAAUUUAUCUGGAUACAGUCCCAACAUGUCAAGCUUUAGUCCAGGAACAGUGUAUACACCUAGUCCGAAUGUAUCUGGAUUUGCUCCUAAUAUAUCAGGUUAUUCCCCAAACAUAUGUGCGUUUGUGUCUGGAUCUCCGGGUAUGACUGGAAUAGCUGAUACCAGUGGGCUGCGAUCCAGACAUUCUCUGUCACAAACCAUGAAAAAUGCUGCAGCUUCAUCAUCAUUUGAUAGAAUUACAGACCUACAUUCACUAAGCAAGUACCUGAGGGAACAAGAUGAAAAAGAGUACCUGAAGUCUGCAAUAAGUUCUCCUGAGAAUUCUGGUGGAUCUUCUUUCUGGAGUUAUGGUCGGACAGCCAUGGACUACACACAUGUCCUGAAGAAAUAUGUGUACCAGCUGGCCAGUCGAUCAUCACACUCCCUAGCCACGCCCAAUAAUGACAACGACCAAUCCAUUGCCUUCAAUGGAAAAGAUGUGUGGAGCAAAAGGGGAGUGACAGAAGAUGAUCUUUUUCUGUGGAUAGAGAGAUUGAGAAAGUGGGUGUGUCUGACCAUUGUUUCUCCACUAAGGAAAGAAAUAGAGGAAGUGAAUGCCGGAUUGCGAAGAAUCGGUUCGGAGGAUACAGAAAUAGGGGAGGUUGGGGUUUCCACGCUGAAGCAGCUGGCGCUGACUAAGGGUCCGUAUGUCCCAACAUUAAAUGCAGUUGUUCCAUACCUGGACUUCUCCUCAAAUCAGGAAUACCUGGUGAAAAGAAUCCGAGAUCUGGGUAAAGAUGGCUGCAUGAGUGAGUUCUGCUGGAACUCGGGGGGAGAUUAUGGCAAAGAUUGGGGGGAGCAUCUACCAACUGAUGCAGCGCUUGUGAUGCACCUGUUCUGUACAUACAUGGACUCGAGGCUUCCCACUCAGCCCAAAUAUCCAGAUGGGAAGACAUUUUCAGCUCAGCAUUUCAUUAAGACUCCUGACAAGCCCAAUCUGGACAAGGAAGACACAGUCUGUUUAUAUCAGUCCUCCAUUAAUCCACCACACUUCCAAGUUGUGAUUGGGAAGACAGUCCACAAACUGUCAAAUGGAAGAAACAACAUGUUCCAAGCUUUGUUACUAUUUCUUCACCACGUCGACACCAAGGAGCACGGGAUGUUAGGGAGAGUCAGUCUAGGAAUGUCCGGGGUCAACAUCACCUGGAUAUUUAAAUGAAUCCGGGCUCAACAUCACCUGGAUGUUUGAAUGACAAUAUGGAAAAUGGAGUAAACUUCGGAUCUGCUUGGAAUGGCUGUUUUUAGUGGUAAUUAUUGGUGAAGGAAACUGCUUGUUGCAGAUCCAGAUGCCGUGAUGUAUGUAGGAAUAUGAAGUGAAGAAGACUGCAGAAGUGGAGUGGAGUCUGUGUGUGUUUUCUACAUGCUACAAAAGCAGGUUGUAAAAUUGUCGGCAUGAUGCUGAUUUUACAGAAAGCGGAGUCUGGAAAUGAUCCAGAUAUUGUGGUUUGAUUAAUUUUCAUAGACACCAAAUUUUGUGGUUUUGCUUUUAAAGACAAUUUUAAUCCUCAAGUAAAUUCACGGACUUUGUUCCCUCUUAAUUAGAUGCAGUUGUACAUCAUUGAUCACUUGCAUGUAAAUUUUAUUGAUUUGUUCAACCAAGAAAGAUAUUAAAAGUUGGUGUUCAACAAAGAAUGAUAUAACCAACUGCAUAUCCUGAAA